AUGUUUAGUGAUAAAUCUGAUUCUGAUCUUUUAGAAUUUAUUCGAAACCUGCAGGUAGAUCUCUCAUAUAAAGAGUACUCUGCCGGGGAUAUUGAUACAAUGCUAAAGGAUACAAUCAACUUUUAUAAAUCGAAUAAAGACAAAACUAUUUCCAUGGAACUAGUUUUCCUUCUUAUCAACUGCUUAAAGCAUGUUGAAAAGCCAAAAUUGGCAGACUAUUUCCAGCUUUUUGACCUUCAAAAUUAUUCAUUCGAGAAUGCUCAAUUAGUUUUGCAAUCAAACCAUCUUUAUCGGUCGUUAAAUGAAGAAUCAUAUUCAUCCUUCCACGGCUACUUGCAAAAUCUCUACAAUUUUGUGACAAAAUCCAACUUAGAUAGCGAAACUAUCCAAGUAAACAAUAAUGAAUACACGCGCAAGGAAGCAAUUAAAACAAUCUACGAGCUUUUUGGUCUUGUUAAGAUCACUUCCGAAGAAUUUUUGAAGUUAAUUCCAUUUAUUUUCACAAAGGAUUAUUUACCACCGGAAAACUUGCUUAAGCUUGCAUUUGAAGACGAAGACAUUGCCAGAAUUGCUGACAAACUACCAAAAUGUGUUCUUAAAAAAGCUAAUUUGAUUUCAAACCUUCCGGACAAGGCAAUAAUUACGAUUAUUAGAGCCAACAGUCCUCAGGAGAACAUUGACCUUCUUAAUACAUUAGUAGGAUCUAAGCUUUCCCAAAAAGUUUUAUUUGAGUUCAUUUUAAGCCUCAAGAAGACAGAUAUUCCACAGCAAUCAGCCCAAUAUUUAUUUUCCUCACUCAACAUCAGCGAAUUUACCCCAGAAAUAUGCGAAGUUUUACUUGAUUACCAAGUUGAGUUCCUUGUCAAAGAGGACAUGCAGAUAAACUACGCUAUUCAUCCCCUAUUCUUCAUUACCCAUAUCGAUCAGCCUCUAGAACAUAUCCCUGUCGAUGUUAUUAACGAUUUGAUUACAAAAUGUGACAAACCAGAGAAGUUAUACCCAGCAUUGACACCAGACUUUGUCUGCCAAGCACUUAAAGGCACAGAUUUCUGGUUAAAGUUCAUUCCUUCCUGCAAGAUUUUAUCUGUAUCGAAUUUCAACAGUUCUGUUCAAAGUUGCUUCAUCAACAACCAAGAUCGAGACACUCUAUCAACAGUUAUUGUUGAUCUCAUCAAGAAAUCCGGUGAAAACAUCACUCCGAUUUGCAAAUUUAUCAAAAACGUUGUUGCAAUGAGUCUCGAUGUCCUUGCCAAAGAUGAUCUUGUCCAAUACGCCCUUUCUCUCACUUCCCAACCCCCUGUUUCAUUCUGGAACAUCUUCCAACGCCCAGAAAAGUUUUUGGCCUCAGUUUUCGGAGACACAAUCAAAGCAUCCACGCUCCCCUUCUUCAUGUACACGUCAUUACCUGUAUUCGCCUAUUUCAUGGACACUGCUGUCAUGUUUCCGCCAAUUACCAUUCAAAAUUUGACAGAAAGUGGCAUAAAAAGUGUCAUUGAAUAUAUUACAUCAAAACACAAAGGGAUGACUAAAUUAUUAGAGCCGAUAGAAGGUAUAUCAGACAAUUCCUUGUCAUUGAUUGUAUCUGCACAGCUAUUUACUGCAUGUUACAUGACAGGAAAAGCAAUUCCUAUAAUUAAUGGCAUAAAUUACAAAAAUAUUUUGCCAUUUACUGCUGUUUGCUUCAAGAUAUUGAGAGAAGCACAUAGCAUAGAGAAUAUAUUCAGACCAACUGAGAUAUUCGAUAAACUAAGUACAACAAGUUUCGAAGGAAAACCACUUUUGGCUUUGUUGUCAGAAAUUUCGAACUUGACAAAUUUGGAUUUGAUUUCGAUGCAAAGAAUAUUCACUGAUUCUUUAAGAACUCCUAAGUUCUCCAUGGACUCUUUCGAUAAGUUUAUCAAUAACAUAAUAAACCAGUUCGGAAGAUUCGUCGAUUUCAAUGAGUUACAAACAAAUGAUCAGUUAGUUUCGGCGGUUUUGACACAUUUAUCUCAAAUUUCUGGUACAGAGAGUACAGUUGUAAAUAACUACUUCUCAAACAAAGGAGAUAAAAUACUGGAGAUUGCGUUUAACUACUCAAAACAUCAGCAAUACAAACAAGAAAUGAAAUUCAAAAGAAAUGUUUUCGGAAAGGAUGUUUUGAAUAAUUUCUUGUCAAAAAUUUCAAAAAGUGACAUGAUUUAUUUCUUGAGAAUUUUUGAUUGUCAAAACUUUGAUUUAUCAGUAUUUUCUAUUUCUGAUGAUGAUAUUAAAUUAAUUCUUCAAGAUGCCAUCAAAAAUAAGAAUGAAGAUGAUGUAAAUUCAAUUUUCAAAUACAUUGAAAUUUCAAAGAAACUGUUACAACUGUUUUAUGACAACGGUUUGCCAAAUACGAUUAAAUUCAGAUAUAUUGAACAAGUAAAUUCAUCUGACUUGGAAAAAAUGAAUUCAAACGAACUUGUUCAAAUUUUUGAGAACUUUACAUCUUCUCAAUUAUUAUCACAGAUCAAAACAGUGAAAAACAAGAGGAAAUUACCAUCUGAUCUAUUAGAUAACGAUCAGUUCAAUGAGGAAGAAGAACCAGAGCAAAACACAGAAAAAACGAAAUAUAAUUUGUUUGAAGCUGUUGAAAAAUUGAUUCCAACAACAAAAUUGUUUAGUAUUGUCAAAUAUUUCGAUCUAAUUUCUGACUGCUUCUGUAUUUCGGCUGAAUCAUUGAGUAGAACAGUGAGAGACAUGAAAUUCGAGUCAGAUACUGGUUCUCAAGCCAUAGACAUCUAUUACGCACAUGAAGUAACAGAUAUGUUGAUAAGAAGAAGUUCUCCUUUGAAAUUACCUGAUAAUUCUGAAUUUUCAAAGAGGUUUUUGGAAAAUUUGAUAGAAAAAGCUUGCAAAUCAAAGUCAUUACCUUUGGUUUACUUAAUGAACCAAAUAGCUAAUAAGAAUCCAAAAAUUUUCUUUGAAUUAAAACCGUCAAUAACCGAAUUUUGCUCUCAAAUUUUCGAUUUGACAGAUGAACUUCCCAAAUUGAUUACAGAUGAAUUAAGUGAAGAAGAGGCAUCGUUAAUAGGAUUUUCAUUCCAAACAUUCAUUGCUUUGUCAGCAAUUCCUUCAUUUGAUGAUGAAUUUUUGAUUCCUUUGAUUGAAAAAUUGCCAGAACUAUCGACAGGCAAAUUAUUGACCAUUUUGUUACUUCUCAAGGCACAGAUGUACUCUCCUCUGCAAAUAAUUGUUAUGUCUGUACUUUGUAAAUAUCAAUUUCCGUCACUUUUCACUCAAAUUUUGUCAAAACCGUUUGAAAAUGACAAAAUCAAAGAAGUUAUUGUCAAAAUGUUAUAUGGACUUGCCAGCAACUAUUUCACAUGUAUUUGUUCAUUGAAAGAGAAUUCCGCAGUUGUUUUAGACGAAUUGAUGAACAACAUGGCAAAACCAUACGAAGAAUCAUCUCCAGGACAAAUUGUAUUGUUCUAUAACAGAAUUGUCAGUUAUUCAUGUGAUACUUUGUUGACAUUUAUUUCUGACAAGAAGACAAAUGAGUUAUUGAGUGAUAUUUUGGAUGAUUCACCUAAAAAUCCAAUAAACAACAAACAAAAAGUGAUCAAAGCACUUGAAUUAGCAAAGAAUUUGCCAGGAGAACCAAUCUGUGUCCCUCCAGGAGUUUCCGAAGAAGCAUUCCUUAAUUUGACAAGAAGACAACAGAGCAGAGUUUGGCACAGUUUGUAUCCGAAAACAAUCAAAGAAAUCACACCGAAAAUGAGAAGAAUUUUGGCAAGAAAACCAUCAUGGGUUGUUCCUUUCUUAACUAAACCUCCUGGCAUGUUACUGACUCCUUCCCAUUACAAGAUGCUCUUUGAGACAAUUAAUGAACUCCUUGCAGUUGAAAAUGACGAGGAAGAAGAAGAAGCAACACCAGAAAAUCUGAAAAUGAUGUUGCUGAUGGUUCCUGACUUAUUCGACUUUUUAAUGGUAGAAAUAAAGAAGCCGGAUAACUCUAAAUACGCUAAGGACAUAAUAGAACUAAUGACAGCUCUAAGUAAAGAUGAAAUGACUGCAAUGUCUAUUUUGUCUUUGAUUGCUUCUGAAAUUAAUGAAUGCAACCAAACAGACCUCUCAAAAUUUGUGAAGAUUCUUAAGUACAUGAACACAACUCAGUAUUUCCCUAUUAACUUCAGAGACAUUGUCUGCGAGAUAUUGAUUGACAGACUUCUUCAACCGGAGAUAAGAGAUAAUGAUGAAAUUUUGCUUAGAUGUUUCAGAACUUUGCAAAUUUUGCCAAAUGAAAUAACAGAAAAUUUGAUACCGAAAUUGUCACUUUUACUCAAUUUCGCAUUGGCAAAGAGUUCUUCUGAAUCUGAUAUCUGUUUCGCAUCAUUACAAAUUGCUUCUAAAAGUGAAGUGAUCAUUGAAAAAGUGUCACCUGUCAUUAUGACCACGAUUGACAAGAUUUUGUCAAAGAAAGGCAAUGACCAGAACUGGACAGAUUACUUGAUCAAAGUAAUCAACAAAUUCAAGUUCAUCGUCGUUAAAAAGAGACCUCAAUUGUUGUCACUUUUACAGUCAAUUUUGAAAGACACUGACAAACGUGACAACUGUUUAGAUUUGAUGGGCUCAUUGUUUGAUUGUUUGUCACCAGAGAAAGUCACGCAGAAUUCUACAUUCGAGACACCGAAAGAAGGUCUCGAAAUUCCCCCUCAAAUUUACAAUUCAGACCCUGAAUUCUGGUCAAUUAUCAACGAACAUAAAGAUUAUUUGAACGAUUUGAUUGCAAAGACUCCUAAACUAUUAGACACAAAACUUAAGUUCCUCGUGCGAUUCCCACAGUUACUUGCAUUCGACCAGAAAGUUGCAUGUUUCAGGAACGAAUUAAAGAAGCGAAGAACAGGCGGAAUGUUGAGAAUCAAUGUCCGUCGUGAUGAUGUUUUACAGGACUCAUUCCAGCAGUUAGCGAUGAUUCCUCCCGACAGAAUGCUCAGCAGAUUGCACGUGAUGUUCCGCGGCGAAGAAGGAUACGAUGCUGGCGGUGUAACAAGAGAUUGGUUCACUAGUUUGAUCCAUCAGUUGUUUAAUCCAAAUUACGUUCUUUUCGCACCAUCAGCGAACGGAAGAAGUUUCCAGCCAAACCCAGCAUCAAACAUCAACUACAUGGAGCACAAACAGUACUUCAAGUUCGCAGGAAGAAUCAUGGCUAAAGCAAUCAUCGAAGAACAAUAUUUGGACGCCCAUCUGACAAUGUCUAUUUUGAAAGCCAUCUUAGGAAUUCCAGUUACAUUGCGUGAUUUGGAAGAUGUCGAUGAACAACUGCACAACUCAUUGCAGUGGAUACUGGAGAACGACAUCGAAGACGCAUGUCUUGACUUGAAUUUCACAUAUAACUAUGAUUAUCUCGGCCGUGUCAAAGCAGCAAAUCUCAAACCAGACGGUGCAAAAAUUGCUGUUGAUAACAAAAACAAAGAAGAAUACGUCAACUUGAUGGUGCAAUACAGAUUGCGUGGUCAAAUCUCAACACAAGUUGAUUCGUUCCUUGAAGGAUUCCAUUCAUUGAUUCCUCAGAAAGACUUGUCUAUGUUCUCACCAAACGAACUUGAUUUGUUGAUUUGUGGAGUUCCAGAAGUUGAUGUCGACGACAUGGAGAAGAACUGUGUUAUCACUCGACCUCUUACUAAAGAUUCCGAUGUUGUUAAGUUCUUCUUCUCUGCAAUUAGAAAGUGGUCAAGUGAAGAUCUUGCAAAACUUUUGUUGUUCAUCACAGGAUCUUCACAGAUUCCUAUUGGAGGUUUCGCCACAUUGAAAGACUCGCAUCCUAUCACUAUCCAACCAGGCGGUGACGCAGAUAGAUUACCUGUUGCACACACAUGCAUGAACACACUUGAUCUUCCUUACUACAAGACAGAAGAUGAACUCAACAAGAAACUCCAGUUCGCUAUCAAAGAAUGCAACACAUUUGGUAUCAUUUAA